AUGCUGGUGGUAGCUGUAGAAGCCAUGCUGCAGCAAGGACAAGAAGUAGAAGAGGGAUUCUGGAUAGAGGAAGACCUCCUGACUAAAAGGCCUGACCUCGGUUCCACCCAGGACAGCCGGAGCGCAGAGCUCCGAGUCUCAGGCCUCACAGCAACUGCCAGGAGCAGUGCAGCCAUCGGUGCCAAAGCCAGAUCUGAAAUUUCAGAUGGUGCAGAUUCACCCUUAACCUUCAUAACACAAACUUAUUCCUUUAUAAAAACAGCUAGCCCCGCACAGCAGCCGGUAGCAUCAGAGUGUUGCAGGAGUGUCCGAGUGGCUGGGAGGGGUGUGAAGGUUCGGUGCCGCGCUGGGGCUGCGCUCCGACCUCUGGCUUGGCGUGUCUGUGCGGGCCUGCAGCGGGCAGUGCUGUGUCGGUGCUCCUUGGGGGUGAGGCGGCAGUGCGUCCCCCUGGAGGGGACCAAGCCGAGACUGGUGGGCUACGCUGAACCCCGGGCGGCUCUGGCGGCCGAGCCCUACCCCCGGGGCGGAGCGAACGGCUCGCAGAGGGCGGAGCGUGCGCGUUGGAGCCGCUGCGCGCGGGGGUCUCGGAGCUGCAAGGGGCGCAGCGACGGUCUCCGCGCGCCGGCGCUGGGGCUGGCUCUCCUUGGUGCCUGUGGAGGGGCCCUGCGGCCGCUCGCGAGAGAAGCAGCAGCUGCGAGGCGGGAGACCCCAGGACUCCCGCAGCUGCCACCAGGUGCGGGAAGACGGCCCGGGCUUAAGAAUGAGGGGUGCUGGGCGAAGAGGGAGGCCCUCUAG